AUGGGGAUAAGCCUACAGGAAUAUAUAAAAGAUGUGUGGAAGAGAAGCCCCUGCAGUAAUAACUCAAAUCAGAUAAAAUCGGACAAUUUCGAACUAUGUGACCUUAGAACAGGAGGGAGGAGGAGUGGCAUAAUUAUACCAGCUGAAAGGGGACCUACCCCCAGAGGAGGCAAUGUCAUGAGCAGGGAAGCUAUAAAAGUGAGAGCAGUUAUGGUUUGUCGGGCUAUCGAGGGAUGGAUGUCGAAUCUAGGCCUCCACAGAGGCCAACCCUUGAAAUGGGAGGAGGACAAGUGCAAAAUAACAAAUCUAGGGGUCCCUAAUGGUGGGAGGGACGAAAAGAAGUGUCCAAGAAAGGAUCAGCUGGAGAAUUGGCAGGCCUUUGAUAGCAGCACUCCUUUAUAUUUGCAGCAGGAGAGACAUUGUACAUUUCGAGCCUGUAUAGAUCUGAUGAGUAUAUUCUUUAAUAUCUAUAGUGAAUAUAAUAGUUCCAAAUUGAAGGAGGCUCAGGCCACAGGGACCAAAAUUUGCCAAGAAAUAAGUGAAGGUCUAAGCAAGUGGGGAGGGCAAGAAGUAGCUAACAGGAUAAUGGAGGAGUGGUUCUUGAGAACCCCCGGGAAAGUCUCUAACAGUUACAUAAGGAUGAGUGAUGGGGAGCCCUUAAGUCAAACCCUAAGUAUAUUACUGAACCAAAUGGGAUUCCCCAUACUAGGAGUCCAGUGUACUAAGGAACAGGACAGCCCCUCCAAAUUCCAAGACAGCUGCGUCUAUACGGCACCAGGACAGUGUGAGAUAAUGGGAGGGGAUGAAGAGGCCGAAGCACAAGUCACAAGAACAGGUGUUAUAAGCGAAAAAAUUAUAAACCAAGUGAAGCAGAGGGAGGAAGAGACAAGUGGCGAGGGGGAUAUUACCAAACAGACGGAGCAAUUUAGACGACAGACCGAAACCAGCGCAAGAGCCGUGGAAGAGAAAUUAAGAGCAGGUAGAAGCUCCUUUAAUGUAUAUAUGCCCAUUUUAGGAACAGUGUUACCUCUUCUAGGCAUUGCAGUGUUUAUAUACAUGAGGAAGAGGGGUAAUAAGAGGCAUAUCAUCCCAAGACUCAAUCCCACCUGUCCCAAUGAGGAGCAAAUUAUCAGGCCGAACUCACGAAGGGGAGUUAUUACCUAUAGAGGAAGUCGUCCCACGCCAGGCCAUGAGUCAGUAAACAUUGAAUAG